UGUGCUGGCGUGUGAUAUCACCGGUCAAUGCUCUGGUGAUACUGCGGCUUCACUGUAGGCUUUGAUCACGUAGUGCAAAGCGUGGAAACAUGCCGGACGUCGCUAGAAAGCAGGGCGACGACGCAGGCUUCGAAUGGAUUGGCGAUUACGAAGUGCGAAACCGUAGAAGCAAGCACAGAUCGUACACCAAGUUCAAGCUCUCGGGAAAGACCUACGCCGUCGGCGACUACGUUUUGAUCCGCGAUGACGACAGCAUGGACCCCGAAGCGCUUCGCAACUGCUACGUUGGCCGUAUCAAGAGCGCCUUCGACACCGGUGAGGCCGUGAAACGGACUGGAGACCACCGGUUCGUCACGGUGGCCUGGUACAUCCGGGCAAUCGAACUUCCACCUUCGCAGCAAGCCAAGAUCGUGGACGCCGACUAUUUUCGCGAAGUGUUGCUCGACCAACGCAAGCUCUGGUCCGACACAGUUGACGCCGAAACGAUUUUCGGAAAGUGCUCGUGCCUGCUGGCGUGUCGUCCAAAAACAUCUUUCGAGAUGGUUGAUAGCAACGGAAACCCACUGUUUUUCUGCCGGUGGAAUUUUGAUGGCCAUGGCAUCACCCCUGCACUCGGGUCUCCAUCGCUAACCCCUAGCAGAAAGCUAUCGUCCAAGGAAAGAACUUCUUCGUUUUCUCGAGAGCAGUCCCUGACCAACACACCACGUCGUAGGCGUCUCAACACCAAUCGUGACGUUGGCAACUCUGUAUGCAAGCAAGCACAGUUGAGAGAGGCGACCCCAUCGGGACGGCAACGAGAAGGCGUAUCCGUCACUCUUGAAAGUGUGCCUACGGACUUGCCAAGCCCGGUCAAGUCGAGGUCAUCGCCGAACAAGCUGCUUCUCGUGUCGCCGAUCAAGAUGCGUAGAGAUUGCGACACUUGGAACUGUCUCCAGAAAUCGACUCCACCACGAAGCCCUGAGAAACGGAAAAGCACCACUGAGACAGAAUUGCUUGAAAGAAGCUCUUUUUCGUCGGCAACUAGGCUCCGCAACCGGGACCUCGGUCUCUUGCACGACGAUGUUUUCGCAACACCGCCACGCCGCUCAGACUUGCAAGUCCGUGAUGCGGCAUCGCAAGUGGCGCACGGAACCCAGGUAAAGCGGCGUCACGCGGCGACAGCGUGUCGUCAGUUUCGUGUUCAUCCCCUGUAUCAAGAAGUGAAAGAAAGGCACGGUCCGUGGUUGAAGAGUGCUACGCAACUCCACCCCCCAGAAAAACGGCCGACAACUCUCAGGCCAUCUCGGGCCACAAAGUCCCACACGGAACCCAGAAGACACACAGAAGCCGGCUCCCACACUCCCAGCAGACCCGCAUCGACUAGGUCUGGCCGCAAAGUUAGGAGUGUUCGCUACACCGAAAUCUCCUGCUCCGAUGACGAAGUGUUCACGAGUGAGGCGGACCGAAAGCAGACGCCGCGGAGCAGACGAAAACUCAACCUCGAUGUCAAGCCGAAUAAGUUGCAGAUCAACACGGGCCUGGAAUGCGACACGAGCGAUGACGAGGACCCAAACUUUGAUGAAGUCUUCGCAAGCUGUUUAUCGUCCAGCGAAGAAGAGGACGACGACUUUCAGACACCAACAAAGAAGCCGCAGAGAAAAACACUCCCUGGGACGCCACGGACUCCGCGGACACCACGGACUCCACGGACCCCAAGAAUGUCAACACUGUGUCUCACUCCGUCUAUUCCGAAGAGGAGUCAGGCUAUCGAGGGACCUCGAACGCCGCUCGACAUAGCCAAGUCACGGCUGCACGUGUCCGCUGUGCCGACCUGUCUUCCGUGCCGGGAGCAAGAGUUUGCAGACAUCUAUUCAUUUGUUGAGGGCAAACUGCAAGAUGGCACAGGAGGGUGCAUGUACAUUUCGGGCGUGCCUGGCACUGGCAAGACGGCCACCGUUCACGAUGUCCUCAGGGUGCUGCAAGAGUCCGUCGACGGUGGCCACGUCCCGUCCUUCAAGUUCGUCGAGGUUAACGGCAUGAAGCUCACCAGCCCCGCACAGUGCUACAGUCACAUACUGAGGGCGUUGACUGGUGAAAAUGCAACGCCGGAGCAGGCGGCAGAGCUCUUAAGUCGUCGUUUUGAACGGCCCGGUCCUCGACAUGAUCCGAUUGUCCUUCUAGUCGAUGAGCUUGACCUGCUAUGGACGCGCAAGCAGCAGGUCCUCUACAACCUGUUUGACUGGCCCACCAAGCCCAAGUCCAGGCUCAUUGUGCUGACGAUUGCCAACACCAUGGAUUUACCCGAAAGGCUCAUGUCGAAUCGUGUGUCGAGCCGGCUGGGAUUGACCAGGAUGACCUUUCACCCCUACAACCACAAGCAGCUGCAAGAGAUAGUGCUGUCCCGGAUGCAAGGUCUGGAAGCUUUCGACCCCGAUGCGGUACAGCUUGUCGCAAGAAAGGUGGCAGCAGUGUCCGGAGACGCGCGGCGGGCGCUCGACGUCUGUCGUCGUGCCACGGAAAUCGCGGAGCACUCGUUGCACGAGAGUCCCAAGAAAACGACGCGCCACGUUGUCGGAAUGGCCCACGUCGACUGUGCAAUUCAGGAGAUGUUCUCGUCACCCAAGAUACGUGCCAUAAGGUGCCUCUCGCAACAGGAGCAGAUCUUUCUGCGAGCAGUAGUUGCAGAGUUUCGUCGUACGGGUGUUGAAGAAACGACCUUUUCCAAGGUCUACAAUCAGCACAUCACCAUCUGCAGACUCGAAGGUAGAAAGCCCCCAACUUUUUCCGAGGUUUCCAGCGUCAGCUCACGGCUGUCAAGCUGCCGACUACUGCUGUCAGAGCUCGGCACGAAUGAUCUCUUCCACAAGAUCCAACUGAACGUCAGCGUUGACGACGUCAACUACGCGCUGAAGGAGGCAUAGCCCGACAUUCAGAAGGUGUUUUUUUAGUCAUCCAGUGUUCUUAGUCAUCCUUGAUGAAGACGGUGUCCAAGUGGUGCAGUGAGCCAAUUAGCUCAGCGGAGAAUCUCUGAAACUUCUGCGAGGUGGAGGUGUGCCUGUUUGUAUUGUUCUGUGCUAUAUGUUCUAUAUAUAUGAUUGCCAC